AUGCCUGGAAAGUGUGUACACAAAGGCUGCGGCAAGACCUUUGCCGACGACAACGAAGAAUGUGUUUAUCACCCUGGUCCACCAGUCUUCCACGAGGGUCAAAAGGGAUGGAAAUGCUGCAAGCCCCGCGUCUUGACCUUUGACGAAUUCAUGACCAUCCCACCCUGCACAACCGGAAGACACUCCACCGUCGACGACACCCCCGCCGAAGAACCCAAGACCACUGCCGCCGACGCUCCGACUCUAGCUCCUCCUACUGCUGAGCCAGCAGCACCAGGCCGCGCCCCCACAGCUCAAGCACCACAAGCACCACAACCGCCCUCCUCCCCCGCACCCCCCGAAGACGAAGACGACGACCCCUCCACCCCCAUCCCUGCAAACGCAACCUGCAAGCGCAAAACCUGCGGCAUCACAUACACCGGCUCCCCCCGCAAUGACGAUGAAUCCUGCACUCACCACCCCGGCGCGCCAAUCUUCCACGAAGGCAGUAAAGGCUGGUCAUGCUGCAAACGCCGCGUCCUAGAAUUCGAUGAAUUCCUGCGCAUCCCCGGCUGUGUUACAAAACCCCGCCAUCUCUUUGUUGGCGCGAAGAAGGAUGAUGGAGAGGAAAAGUUGGAUUCUGUGCGUCAUGAUUUCUAUCAGACUGUUGAUAAAGUCAUGGCGAGUCUGUAUUUGAAGAAGAUUGAUAAGAGUAUCUCCAAAGUGCACUUCGAGGAAAAGGCUGUGGAGUUGGACUUGAGGACGACGGAUAAGAAGAGGUUCACGCAGCUUGUGCCGCUGUUUGGGAAGAUUGAUGUCGAGAAGAGUGAGUUUAGCAUCAUGGGUACCAAGUUGGAGUUGAGACUUGCAAAGGCCGACGGUGCUUCGUGGCCGGUCUUGCGUGGGGAUGAGAAGCAUGCCGGUGAGAUCAUACAGAUCGGUCGUGCUGGAAGAGCAUAG